GCUUGUCGGAUCCAAUCUGUCGUCAACACCAAAGUCCGGCAAUAGGACAGCAACAAUGCCUACUUCAAAAUAUCAGAUCAAUUGUGUAUAUAACCUCGGGUAGCAUGGCGUCCAAGGAAACAUGAUUCUUUCUUUCACAGACACAAGAACAGUUCGCAAAGCUUAGUAUAAUCCAUCUUCUCAACUCCCAAUCCGACCAACAAACCACAAGUCCACAACAAACAAAAUGUCUACCGAAACCCUUCCCCAAACCUUCCGCGCCGCCCUCCUCCCCUCCGCCAACACCUCCCUCUCCAUCCACUCCCUCCCCCUCCCCUCCCCCGGCCCCAACCAACUCCUCAUCCGCGUUCUCGCCUGCGGCAUCUGCGCCGGCGACGCCGUCGUCGCCACCGGUCUCCUUCCCCCAACCCAAUUUCCCACCGUCCUAGGCCACGAAUAUGUCGGAGACGUCGUCGCCCUCGGCCUUGAUACCUCAAACUCCAACUUUCAAAUCGGCGACCGCGUCGGCGGCGCCUGGCACGGCGGCCACUGUACCACCUGCCCCUCCUGCCUGCGCGGCUCGCAGCAGACAUGCUCCAACCAGCAGAUUACGGGCGUGAACCACCACGGUGCAUACGCGGAGUACACCCUCCUGCGGACGCAAGCUGCGGUGCGGGUGCCGAGGGACAUGGACCCGGCUUCUACUGCUCCCUUUCUCUGUGCUGGGUUGACCGUGUUUAAUGGCAUUCGACGCAUGGGGAUCGAGCCCGGCGGAAGUGGCGGGUUCGUGGCUAUCCAGGGCUUGGGAGGGUUGGGACAUUUGGCUGUGCAGUACGCGCGGGCGAUGGGAUAUCGGACUGUGGCUGUUAGUAGGGGGGAGGAGAAGAGGGAGUUUGCGAUGAAGGAGUUGGGGGCGCAUGAGUAUGUUGCUGCUGAGAGCGCGGAGGUUGCGGCGAGGAGGUUGAGCGAGAUGGGAGGGGCGGCGUGGAUUGUGUCUACGGCGCCGACGGCGAGCGCGUUUAAGGAGUUGGAGUAUGGAUUGAGGACGGGAGGAAAGUUGUUGUUGUUGGCGUGCGCGGGGCCGGUGGAGAUUGAUACGACGGUGUUGGUGCUGAAGCAGUUGACGGUGCAUGGGUGGCCGUCGGGGACGCCGCUGGAUGCGGAGGAGGCGAUUCAGUUUGCCAAGUUGCAUGGGAUCAAGUGUUUUGUUGAGAAGUUCCCGCUGGAAGAGGCGGACAAGGCGUUUGAGCUGAUGAAGGCGGGGAAGCCAAAGUACAGGAAUGUGUUGGUUAUGGAGUAGAGGCGUCAAGAACGGAAAAGAUAUCUGAUGGUGGGGGAUUAGCUGGGUCAAGUCAUGAGUUAACUUGAUACCUUAGAAGGUAGUUAAGCGGAUGCUACUCCGUCUUUCGUUUCCGGUUACUACGGUUGCACCGGUUGUCGGAGUGGCACUGAGUCAUCUGCUAGAUACAUCCAACCUUUGGAAAGCCCAGGCGCUGAUGCCGAUGAUGUGGAACCUGGAAGCAAUCAAGUGAACGACUUACUUUGACAAAGCCUAUAAUGAAGUG